AUGGACACGGUGGCCAGUGACAUCGCGGACCUCAGCAGCCAGGACGCGCAGAGCGUGUGCGAGGCGCUGGGGCGCUACGAGGACACGCUGCGGGGCGCCGUGCGGGAGAUCCAUGUGGACAUCCAGGUCUUCAAGCAAGGGGUGGACCGGCAGGUGGACGAGGUGCUGCGCCUCGCCAGCCCGCUGGCCCGCACCGUCGCUGAGCUACAGCAGGAGAACCAGCGGCUGCGAGCGCAGGUGGAGCGCUUGGCCAGGCAGGUGGAAGCCCUCAGCAGGUCGGCGGGGCUGCCAGACAGCUGGGCUGCGGAGUGCGGGGCAGCCGGGGGGCCCAACUCUCCAGGGGCUGGCGCAAGGCUGGCCAGGUUCUCCAGCCAUGCCACCUUAUCCAUGACCGGCAAGAGCCAGAGCGUGGACCUGGAUGACCACAACGAACCUGAGACUAGAAGAGUUUCUAAUUCCUCCAUAGUUGAAAACGGACACCAGUCUUUGGCAGGUCAGGCAAAAGUCUCACAGGAAGUGACCUCUUCCCUUCAGAUGUCAAACUCGUCCCCCGAGGAACAUGCCCCUGCAGUAACCUUACGGAUGCCCCACCUUCCUGUUACUGCAAUAACACGAGUAUCAGAGAAGUUUUCAGGAGAAACCUCCGCCUUAUCAGGAACUAGUAAUGCUACCAGUGGCCUGAUAGGGCAGAGCAGGAGCCAGAAUGAGGCUGCGAUGAAAACUUCCAGCCAAUCAGUGACUGCUGUGAAGACCUGGAAUUCAAGUUCCGUGAGAACAAUGGGCACCUCCAUAGCUGCAGAGAAAAGCACUUCUGUCACAAAGUCUAUGUCAGCCAUGAGCUAUGGAUUGACUAGUGGAACCAAAGCUAGUGAAAGCAAUACCAUUGACAGUUACUAUGAUGUGACACCCAAAUCCUGCUCCCCACCUCCGACUGUACAUCGCCAAGUGGAAAGGAGGCGAGAACUGGUGCGGUCUCAGACGUUGCCACGCACUUCAGGAACGCAGGCCAGGAAAGCGCUCUUUGAGAAAUUUGAGCAGGACAGUGGAAAAGGAAAAGGAGAGUCCAAAGCAAAGCUGAAGCGGUCACAGAGUUUUGGGGUCGCCAGUGCAAGCAGCAUUAAGCAAAUUCUACUGGACUGGUGUCGCUCCAAAACCAUAGGAUACAAGCACCUUGAUCUGCAGAACUUCUCCUCGAGUUGGAAUGACGGGAUGGCAUUCUGUGCCCUAGUGCAUUCUUUCUUCCCCGAAGCCUUCGAUUAUAAUGCGCUUGACCCAGCUAACCGCAAGCAGAACUUUGAGCUGGCUUUCACCAUGGCUGAGAAACUGGCUCACUGCGACCGCCUGAUAGAAGUGGACGACAUGAUGGUGAUGGGACGCAAGCCAGAUCCCAUGUGCGUUUUCACCUACGUACAGUCACUAUACAAUCACCUGCGCCGCUUUGAAUAAACCCACCGGGAAGCUUGAACACAACCCCA